AUGGAGCGUCUUACAUUAUUUCAUCUACGACGAGCCGACAGAACUAACGAACCUGAAACCAAAACUAUUAUAGAUCAAAUGGAAACAGAAAGUCUUGUUAGUAAAGCGUACUACGAGAAACUUUGUCAAUGGAAAGAUGAUGCACUUCGGCUGUUCAAAAUAAAUCACAUAAAUUAUCUCAACAAGCGACUUUUCAAUCUGCCUAUGAGUUUUGAACAUUUAGAUGCAAGUCAACCGUGGUUGGCGUAUUGGAUUGUACAUGCUUUAAGACUGCUGAACUUUGUAAUCCCUGAGGAGACCUCGGUAAAAUUGAUAUCGUUUUUAGCAUCCUCUCAGCAUCCGGACGGUGGUUUUGGUGGCGGCCCUUAUCAAUUUGCACAUCUUGCAACUUCAUAUGGUGCAGUUAAUUGUUUGGCUUCUUUAUGUCGUCGAGAUGCCCUAGAUAUUAUCAAUCGGGAUACACUGGCUGACUGGAUGCGGAAACUUCAUCAGCCAGACGGCUCAUUUUUAAUGCAUUUAGGAGGUGAAGCUGAUGUUCGUGGUGCCUACUGUGCCACAGCAGUUGCAAAACUUACUGGGUUACUUAAAAAACAUCCUGAUUUGUUUGAAUCGACUGCAGAGUGGGUGGCUAGUUGUCAGACGUAUGAAGGUGGUUUUGGCGGUCAACCUGGAUUGGAGGCUCAUGGCGGUUAUGCUUUCUGUGCGGUAGCAACACUGUGCCUUUUGGGAAGGUCAGAUUUAAUUAAUUUGCCUAGACUAUUGUAUUGGGUCAGCCAUCGUCAAAUGGCGACGGAAGGUGGUUUUCAGGGUAGAACAAAUAAGUUAGUGGACAGUUGCUACUCUUUUUGGCAAGGUGGUAUUUUCCCAAUUGUCGAGGAACUGUUAUGGCUGUCCGGCGACCCUGCACUCAAUGACAUUGAUACGUUGUUUAACCCUUCUGCUUUGCAAGAAUAUAUACUGCUUUGCUGCCAAAAGGUUUCUUACACUCGUCCAGGUCUGAGUGUGCAUGCAGAUGAUUCUUCAGGUGAAAAAUUGUCUUCAAAUAAAAAUUCCACAUCUGAAUACGAUGUAUCUACUUAUGAUGGUGGGUUAAUUGAUAAACCUGGAAAGAACCCUGAUGCGUAUCACACGUGUUACUCUUUAAGCGGAUUGAGCGUAGCACAACAUUCUCCUCGUUGCCGCGUUGAAUCAUACCAAAAAAAUGAUCUUCCUCAUCCAUCACCUGCUGUCGAUGUAUUAGGUGAAGAAUUAGACGUGUACGCUUGAUCACAUGGCAGCCUACGCACAUAUCUCUGGCUCAAAUGUUAAUAUCUUAAAUAACGUUCGAUGGAUCAUUCACAUACCCAUGUAUAUAUGUACUCGAAUCCUAUUAGUAGCUUUUGUCUUGUUGUGCCCUUAAUCGAUUUGACUAGAAAUUCGCAAGUUAUAAAGGACCAGGUUAGUUGCCAAUGUUUUAUAUUUAAAAUGGUUCGUAUUAACUAAUGUUUUCUGUCUCACCUAACUGUAGAUUUCGCAUCCAGAUCGAAGUUGGUGUUCCUUUAAAUAUUUUCUCAAGGUAAACACCAGCAAAGCCGCUAGUAACAGAAGCCAAUAGAAUUGCUAACAACCCAUACAAAUUUGAAUAGAAUUCACUGCUCGAUGUUGAUUGAUCUAAUGAAGGCAACUAAGAGUUGUAGCAAGAAAAAGAAGAGUUCACAACAAAUAAUGUUAAAAUUUUUCAGAUGGUUAUUUGAAAC